ACUUUUUGACUUUUUUCUUUUAAUAGCUUUGAGUCAAAUUAUAACAAAGAAAGAGAGAGGAAAAAAUGUCUAAAACGAAUGUAGGUAGUAUAAUUUCCCUUGGAUGCAUUAGAGGCAUGCUCGAUGAAAAUGAAUCGUCUAGGCCAAAAAAUCCGGUCCUCCAGUUAGUGAGAGUUAACCCAGGCGUCGGUGAACAAGGUGGCUCAAGAUAUAAGAUUGGGCUUUCGGAUGGCUUUGAACUUAUUCAAGGCAUAAUUCCAGAACAUUUAAUUAAGACAGUAUGCAACGGAAAAAAGCUGGAUAGAGGCAUGAUAAUUAAGUUGACCAAUUAUAACCUUAGUAAUUCUAUCCCACUUCAAGCCAGUAAAAACACAUCGAAGUACUUGGUUAUUUUAGGGUUUGAACUGGUUAAAGACGUACCUUUGGAAUUAUAUGGACACGGACACCUUAGUGAUGAUACUGAACGUUCUCGAACUGGAAUUUCUCGUCCAAAUCCAAUUCAACCACAACAACCGCCACAGCCGCCACAAUUAAGACCACCUGUUCCUUCUAAUUUUGGAAUUAAUAGCUCCCACAAUAACAAUAUCACUCCGCAAAGAAGUUCAAAUAAAAAUUCAGAUGAAGGAAUUUGUUCUAUUGAUAACAUAAGUCCAUACCAUAAUAAAUGGAAACUCAAGGCAAUGGUUGUUCAAAAAUCAGAUCUUAAGACGUGGACGAAUUCACGUGGGUCUGGCAAGUUAUUUAAUGUAACUUUAAUGGAUGACACUGGAGAAAUUAGAGCAACUGCUUUCAAUCAACAAGCGGAUGAAUAUAUGAAUCUAUUGGAAUUGAAUAAGGUGUAUUAUAUUUCUAAGGGAAAAGUCAAUAUAGCUAAGAAGCAGUUCUCAAAUGUUCAAAAUGAUUAUGAAAUAACCAUUGAGGCUGGUACCAUAAUUGAACCGGCUAAUAAUUCCGUUAUGCCCAUUAAAAUAAAAAUUAACCCUGUUAAAAUUUCUGAUUUGGUUAACUAUGAAAAAGACAAUACAGUCGAUGUUGUGGCCGCCAUUAAAGAAAUUUCUGAGACGACCCAAGUAAUGACAAAAAAUCAAAAAAUGAUUGACAAAAGGGAUCUUAUAAUAGUAGACGAAAGUGAAUUUGAAGUUAGAUUAACUACAUGGGGACAACAAGUUAAUGAGCUUAGACACAUAGAUAUAGGCACUAUUAUUGUGUGUAAAAAUACGCGUGUUAGCGAUUUUCAAGGGAGGAGUCUUUCAAUGUAUGGUACCAGUAAACUAUUGAUCGAUCCUAAUAUACCAGAGACUAAUUCUAUACGUAAAUGGGUGGCUAACGGAGGACUAAAAAUCGAAACAAAGUUAUUUUCAGGUUCUUCUUAUUCAACGGGGUCUAUAAAUUCUCCCGAAAAGACAAUGUCACAAAUCAUUAAUGAGAAUAUUGGCAAUAAUGAAAAGGCUGAAUAUUUUGUUACAAGAGGGACAGUUGUAUUCAUCAAAAAAGAAAAUAUGUACUAUGCUGCUUGUCCCAAUGAAGGUUGUAACAAAAAAGUUAUUGAAGAUGGCGAAAAUUCUUAUCGGUGUGAAAAAUGCUCGCGCUCAUAUGAUCACGUCGAAUACAGAUAUAUAUUUGGAAUGAACAUAUCUGACCAUACGGAUAGUAUGUGGUUCCAAUGUUUUAAUGACACAGGAAAUACAAUUAUUGGUAAAAAUGCCAACGAGUUAAAUAGUAUGAAGGAAAAUGAGGAAUUGGCCUUUGAAAAUUGGAUUGACUCUCGAUAUUUCAAAACUUACAUCUUCAAAUGUCGUGCGAAAAUGGAAACCUACAAGGAAAGAAACAUAAUUAAAUACCAAGUUAUGGAGGCUAUCCCAAUAAAUUUUGUUGAACAUGGGAAGACAUUGUUGGAUAACAUUAAAGAACUAGAAGGAUUGUAAACGCUUAAAUGAUAAUUUUUCUUUACUAAGUAAGACUACUUUCUCAUAAAUUUACUUUGGCCUUUACUAAAAAAAACCUUUCCUGCACCUUUGACAUAAUGAAGCGGUUUUUAUGAAUAAUAAUAAUAAUCAUGAGAUGUAGCUAUAGUGGGUAUCAUGUUUUAAUUACGUAUUCACCGACCUCAGAUGAAUAUUAUAAUAAAAAAAAAAUAAAUAUAGCUA